AUGAACAGAGUAUUAACAAAGUUUAAUUUUAAACCAUCUUUAUCUGCACCGUGCAUUGACUGUAAAGGUGAGGGAGGUUCGAAAAUAAUAAUAGCACCAUAUGUCGGUGACGUGUUUGUUAUCAAUAAAAGCAAAAAGCGAAAAUAUUCACUAAGAAGUCAAUUGAGUACUGAAUACAUGAUCAAACACUUAGGAGUAGCAAAAUCCAUAUUGGGAACAAGAAUCAGUUGCAAACAUAGCAAGGUCUACUUAGAUCAAGGUUCCUGUAUUGAGCAACAACUAGGCAGAUUCGUUACGAAUUAUUGUGCCCCCACACUCGCACAUUCUCCAGUAGGAAAAAAAUUAAUAAAAAGUGAUACAUAUGAUAACCAUCCCUAUCAGCAUCUAGUAGGCUCUUUAAAUUAUUUAGCCGUAUGCACCAGACCGGACAUCGCGUUCAGCAGCAAAAAACGAUCUAAUAUUGCCCUCUCCACAAGUGAUGCAGAAUAUGUUGCGGCAACCGAGGCAUGUAAAGAAGCAGAAUCUUUAAGAAGCUUGCUACGCGAAAUCAUAGGUCAAGAAAUCUGCAUCGACAACUACAAUGAUAACCAAUCAGCCCAAGCGCGGGCGAAUGAACAGGUCAACUGCUACAGAACCAAACAUAUAGAUGUGAAAUGCCAUUUCAUACGAGAAGCAAUCAAACCUUGA